AUGUCGGGGAUACCUUUCCACCUUCGAAACCCCGGUGGAGGGCCUAAUUGCAACCCGGGCGGUGAUGAUUAUCGCAGACCUGCCGGCGGUAGCGGAAGUGCUCCCGCUCAAAGCUAUCAUGGACGGGACAAUAGAGGUGAAGGCAGGGGUCCUGGAGGACAAGGGAGCGACAAUAUCAAACCAUUUACCCAAAGGGGGGGCGCGGAUCUUAGCGACAGAGUCCAGAGGAUUGAGGACCAGCUUCAGCAAUCCUAUGAGUCCGAAGGCCGGGCAACAGCUCAAGCACCAGAUGCCCGCUCAAGAUUUCCACACCGGCCUGGUUAUGGGACUCCGAGACUGGACGCCAAAACGGAGAAACCAGUUCCGCCAUUCCCGCUCUGGACGAACUACUUCGAGCUGAAAUUGGCCGCAGAUCAGGAUCUGACGCUCUACCGCUACAAUAUCAAUAUCGCGGCCGAUGCGGCAGGACGGCAACCGACUGGUCGCAAAUUGAGACGCAUUUUCGAGCUCCUCAUUGAGGAACAUUUCGCCCCCCGAAAAGAACAGAUUGCCACGGACUUCAAAUCAAUGCUAGUUUGCAAGUCGGAUCUGAAGAUAGAAGAGAAACAAAAGCUCGCCAUCAAGUACAGGGCUGAGAAGGAAGAUGAGCCGGGACCGAGAUCGCCAACCUACCAUCUAGAGUUCUAUCCAAGGGUACUUCCAGUAUCCGAGCUGGUUGCGCAUAUCACCUCUCCAAACGCUAAUUCUGACCCUGGCGCCAAGGAAGAAGUCAUCCAGGCCUUGAACGUCGUUCUUGGCCAUCAUCCGAAAGCGAGCACCGACGUUGUCACCGUAGGUGCGAACCAGCACUUCGCCCGUGAACCGGACCCAACCGAGACGUGGAAGCUUGGUGCCGGGCUGAUAGCCUUGCGCGGAUACUUCAUGAGUGUUCGACCCGCUGCCUGCCGCCUCUUGGUCAACGUCCAGCUGAAGCAUGCACCAUUCUAUCAGGCGGGUCCUCUCGUCAGGCUGAUCCAGGAUCAUCAACAAGUCAACAACGAAAAAUUUGUCGCACUGGAGAAGUUCCUCAAGGGAGUACGUGUUGAGGUCACUCAUAUUGUCAACAAGAACAAGAGCGGUGAGAUUAUUCCGAGGAUCAGGACCAUAUUUGGGCUCGCGGCCCCAGAAGAUGAUCCAGAGAAGAAGCAAGACGAAAAGAAAAAAGGGAAAAAAGACCGCACCAGCCCAACUGGCCCAAUUCUCGUACCAAAACUAGGCGCAAACUCGCUAGAGGUGAAAUUCUACCCUGGCGGACUUCAAGACACUUCUGCGCCCGAAUCAACCACAGCCAGCAGAUCGGACGAAAAGAAGGGCGGCGGCAAGGCUCCAGCGCCACCUACGAGGAAGCAUGGAGACGAUCUUCCAAAGGAUAAGGCUAUCUCGGUGUUCGAAUUCUUCAGACGAGUCCACGGCAUAAAGCUUCAAUAUCCGAACUUGCCGGUCGUCAACGUCGGUAACCAGCAAAGGCCGAUUUACCUUCCGGCAGAGGUGUGCGUUGUUCUACCGUGCCAGCUAUCGAGGACGAAGCUGAGUGAAUCGCAAGCGGGCAUUAUGACAAAAGUUGCUGUUCGGAAGCCUACGGAGAAUCUCCAGGCUAUUACCACCAGCGGCCCUCGAGUCCUUGGUUUCCGUGAGAACUACCUCAACCCGACACUGGCAAGUCUUACGUGUUCCUUGGAAAACACGAAAAUGAUUGCGGUUCCUGGUAGAAGGUUGCCUGGACCUCCCGUGCAAUACGAGAAAUUUCCAAGAAAGCAAGGUCUUAUCGAGACCCAGGGUGAGAAUUGGCACAUGGGAUCCAAGGAGGUCGUUGACGGAAAAACCCUGCCAACCUGGACCUGGUUGUGGAUCUCUGUCGAUGGCUAUCCCGAACCCUGGAGAGACUCUAAAGCAUGGUAUGAUAAUAUCGACAGGUUUUGUAAGACCUUGGGAGACACUGGGGUCAAGUGGCCUCGUCCACUGGAUCAUAGGCACCAAUGCUUCCUACCGUGGAACGGCGCCAACCUCGACCGGACACUUGACUCAUCGUUCGACGAGGUCAUCGGGCUGCAAGAGAAACCCAGACUGCUGCUGGUUAUCCUGCCCAAUGUCGAGAACUCCCUUCGCAACCAAAUCUACAACCGCGUCAAGCUCCUAGGCGACGUUAGGAGAGGGAUUCACACCAUUUGCGUGGUUAAUUCAAAGUUCGCCAAAAUGGAGAAGAACAAGAACGUUCAGUACUUUGCGAACGUGGCUCUCAAAUUCAACCUUAAGUUGGGCGGUACCAACCAGUCGCUUUCAGCGUCUAGACUAGGCGUCAUUGGUGAAGGAAAGACCAUGGUAGUCGGCAUCGAUGUCACUCACCCUUCACCCAAUUCUGCAUCCACCGCGCCGAGUGUAGCGGCUUUGGUAGCUAGCGUGGACGGAAAACUUGCACAGUGGCCAGCCGAGAUUCAACUCCAGGCCGCCCGAGAAGAAAAGGUCUCCGCCCUCUGCGACAUGCUGAAACUCAGCCUGAAGCGUUGGCAAGUAAAGAACACAGUCUAUCCUGAGAACAUCCUUGUCUAUCGAGAUGGCGUUUCGGAGGGACAAUACAACAUGGUCCUCGAUCACGAGCUGCCUUUACUGAGAAAAGCAUGCGAGGAGACUUAUCCGGCGAACGGGCCUCAGCCGAACUUCACAAUUGUUGUUGUAGGCAAACGCCACCACACCCGAUUCUAUCCGGUCAAAGAACAAGACGGCGACAGGAACAUGAACCCUCUGAACGGGACCACUGUGGAUCGCGGCAUCACGGAGCCCAGGAGCUGGGAUUUCUUCUUGCAGUCGCAUACGGCGCUUCAGGGCACCGCUCGUCCAGCACACUACUUCGUCUUGCAAACCGCUGUGGAUGCUCUCGAGGAACUCACACACAACAUGUGCUACCUCUUCGGCCGUGCCACCAAAGCUGUGAGUAUCCCCCCGCCAGUGUAUUAUGCGGAUCUUGUGUGUGAGCGCGCCAGGUGCUAUCUGAGCAAGGUCUUCGAUCCCAGUGACAACGAAAGGCACGCGCAGCAAGUCAAUACGAAUGAUGUAAUCAUUCACAGAGACCUCAAAGAAAGCAUGUUCUACAUCUGA